AGCGAGCUUCCGCACCGCUUCUUCUCCCUCCUGUCAGAAAAGUGAUACAGCCGCCAGCUAGCGCUAUGUUAUCACGGUCCAGAUGUGCUUACCAGACGCUUGGUCGCUCCCUUUCGGCGGUGAGCCAGGCCAAUAAUGUGCUGGGCCGACAAAGCGUAUCAGGCCUCUCUUUCUGCAACCGGCUAGUUUACAGAAAUUCUCAGCCAUGUGAAUUUCCAUCAUCAGGAAACGUCUUCCACAUCAGAUACUUCAAGACAUCUGCUAUUCACAGGGAUGAGGUUGUCACAGUCAAAACUCCUGCAUUCGCAGAAUCUGUUUCAGAGGGAGAUGUAAGGUGGGAGAAAGCUGUGGGCGACUCGGUGACAGAAGAUGAAGUGGUGUGUGAAAUUGAGACUGACAAGACCUCAGUACAAGUCCCCGCUCCAGCAGCUGGUGUAAUUGAGGAACUACUGGUGCCCGAUGGGGGAAGGGUGGAAGGAGGGACGCCCCUCUUCAAACUCCGAAAAGGAGCUGUUGCUGCCAAAGCUGCUCCCUCCCCAGCUGCAGAGGCACCGGCUGCAGCCCCUCCACCUCCACCACCACCUCCAGCACCCACUGCCAUGCCUCCAGUGCCCCCAGUGCCACAACAGGCUGCCCAGGCCAAACCUGUUUCUGCCAUAAAGCCCACAGCUGCAGCUCCAGCACCAGCUCCUCCAGCAGCAGGAAGCAGAGGAGAAAACCGGGUGAAGAUGAACCGCAUGAGGUUGAGGAUUGCCCAGAGGCUAAAGGAGGCUCAGAACACCUGCGCCAUGUUGACUACCUUCAAUGAAGUGGACAUGGGUAACAUUCAGGAAAUGAGGAAUCUCCACAAAGAUGCUUUCUUAAAGAAGCACAACAUCAAACUGGGUUUCAUGUCGGCGUUUGUGAAGGCUGCAGCUCACGCUCUGACUGACCAACCUGCUGUCAAUGGCGUUAUUGAUGAUACAACCAAAGAGAUUGUCUACAGGGAUUAUGUAGACAUUAGCGUCGCAGUGGCAACUCCAAAGGGACUUGUUGUACCGGUGAUCCGUAACGUUGAGACCAUGAAUUUUGCUGACAUCGAGAAAACCAUUAACGCACUAGGAGAAAAGGCUCGUAACAAUGAGCUUGCUGUUGAAGACAUGGAUGGAGGCACCUUCACCAUCAGUAACGGCGGGGUGUUUGGCUCCAUGUUUGGCACGCCCAUCAUCAACCCCCCACAGUCUGCCAUCCUGGGCAUGCAUGGCAUCUUUGACCGACCGGUCGCCAUCAAUGGCAAGGUUGAGAUCCGGCCCAUGAUGUACGUGGCACUGACAUACGACCACCGACUCGUUGACGGUAGAGAAGCGGUCACUUUCUUACGCAAGAUCAAAUCAGUGGUGGAAGAUCCACGAGUGCUCCUUCUGGACAUGUGAUGUUUCUGCCACCACCUUACUCUUAUUUAAAGCUGCAUAAAAUGAAUUCCAAGUCACAAAACACGCACAAAAUCGCCUGCACAACUAUUGUUGUCUCUUAACUGUUCAGUCAGACUGCGGGAGGAUCUGGAGGUCGUGUUCCAGCACUCAUAUGGAGCUUAAAUAGGUGGUAUUAUCUGUAGAGAAUACGCUUAAAACGAGCUUUGGCUAGAUCAACAAAGCUAAAAGCUUGCCUGCCAUCUUCUAUCAGUUACACUUCAAAAUUUCAAAGCAAAGAGACGAGUCACAUUUAAUAACACGUCCUUGGACAAAAACUGGCUGCAUGUCUUUCUCCCCUGAUUGUUAGUUGGUGCUCCUGAGCCACUUUUUCCACAGCGGGGCCAAGCAGAGCUCACUCAAAUUAUUUCAAGAUGUUUUUAAUGUUAACACAGGAUUGAGAGAAUUAUUUGGUUUGGUUUGCUCAUUUUUUUACUAGCAACAGUCUGGAAAAAGAGAUCACCGAACAGGAAACCAGGUUUUUGUAUGGAACGCGUGUAAACCGGUGCCAUGAUGUUUGGAGGUGACUCCUGUUAUAUUCCUGCUUUGCACAGUCAUGUAUCACUUUAGUUUUGUUUUAAACCUGCAAUGCAGACUGUUUGACCGUCAAAGUCUAAAAAUGUUGAUCAAACUGUUGGGAGCUUUUAGUAAAACGGACAUUCAUUAAUUCACUGUUCAUUAGCAGAAAAUGUACAAAACAUGAACCAAACACUAUUUGUUUUGUUUUUUUCUAAUCUGUAUAUUGUUUCUUCAUGGGCAAUAUGUUGGGAGUAAUGUUCAAAAUGCACAAUUUGGCAGCAGGUUUUUAUGUUGAGCUCCAACGUUGGACAAUAUUUUCAUUGUGCUAGCCUAUAUAUAUAAAAUACUUGUAUCUAUUUAAAGAAACAAUUUUAAACAUUAAACAUCUCAAGAGUUUUUUAUGUACUGAAAUUUGUCUUGCACAUUUACUUUAAAAACUCUGUACAUACUUGCUGUAUUAGUCCAACAAUGAUUUAUUAGAGUUGAAACGAUUAAAAAGAUUACUUUCGCUCAA